UUUAUAAGGCUUAAACAGUCGGGUUAACGCUCUGGCAAUGCAAGUUAAUGUCGUCCAUCGUGUCUUAGAGGGAAAGAGCAUGUCGUGUGUCGCUUAUCUGCCUGACAUGUGACCGUUUGCAAGAGGUUUUAGCCUGACGAAAAAAGCAAAAUUUUCGGUUAACUCAGUUUCGACGCAGUUAUACAAACUUGAGCGAUAAUCUGGGCCGGUCUGCUUGAACGAUAAUCUGGGUUGUUCUGGGGUCUUGUAAGGCAAGAAUUCGAAUUUCUCUCAGCAAGAAGACUUGUGGUUUUAAAGAUUCUACAAAUCGCCAAACUGGGUUGUUCGUCGUCGAACGCUGCGCAACCAGUGGCAGACAGCACCAAACAAACACGUGAUGACGAAAACGACAACAGCCAAGCCGCCAUGACUGCUCCGAAGAUAAACUUCCCGGCGGAAAAUUCGCCUCAACGGGCGAAAUCAUCGGGCUCGUUAAACAUCAGAGCCAAAGUUGUACCAUUAAAGCCGGGGAGGAGCUUAAUGGACUGGAUCAGGCUUGGGAAAAGUGGACAAGACUUAGCUGGAACCGGCGGACGUGUGCAAGUUGUCACCGAGGAGGAAUUGAGCAAACAUAAUAAAGAGCAAGAUGCGUGGAUCAGUAUCAGAGGUAGAGUGUAUAAUAUGACUCCUUAUUUAGAAUACCAUCCAGGAGGAAUUCCAGAGAUCAUGAGAGGGGUUGGAAGAGAUGCAACUGACUUAUUUGAUGAGACACAUAAAUGGGUGAAUGCUGAAUCCAUGUUAGAAAAAUGUUUCAUAGGCCCUUUACAGAGAAGCAAUGUGGUUAAAAAGACAAAACCUUCCAGAACAGGAUCAGGAAACUCCCUCAAUGUCUCAUCAGGAUCACUGCGGUCUCACAAUAGUUUGUUUGUUCCAAGUGCUCAAGUUGAUGGUUUCACUGUUCCUGUUCCCCCACAGAAGUCACAAGAUCCUCGCUAUGAUUGGUAUCAAAAUGAUAAAAUAGUGACAAUAUCAGUUUUUACAAGAAAAAAGGAAGUUCAAGUUGAAGACAUCAUAUUAGAGCUGAAAGAUGGAAAAGAGUUUGAUGCAGUAUUCAUUUUAGGAGAAAAAAGUUUUCGAAUUCACUUAGCGCUCAGCAAUCUUAUAUCCCAUCAACAAGUACGUAUGUCUGGGGAAAGUGGCAAAGUUGAUAUUCUUUUGACCAAAGAAGCGGCUGGCGUGCAAUGGACAGAGUUAGGGCAAGGUUUACAGGGAAAUAACUCUUUCAAGCCGCACAAGGAGAGAGAUUCCAGGUUAUGGGACUGCCGAGUAAUCUCAGUGGAUUCAGUAACACAUAACUGUAAACUGUUUUGCUGUGAGCUUCCUAAAGGCGUCAUUAUGAGAAUACCAAUUGGACAUCACAUACACAUGACCAGAGAUGUUGAAGGAAUGCAGAUCAGUCGUCCAUACACAGUUGUCUUACCCUCUCUACAAGUCGAUCCAUCAGAGCGAGAAUUUGAUGGCAGACGGUUCUACCUCAUGAUUAAACUUUAUCCUGAAGGAACGCUUACACCAACUUUAAAUCCUGUCGUCGCUGGUGACACCCUCCAAGUCACUGAUUACUCUGGAGAUUUUAAAGAUAGUCGUCUGAACGAAGCAAAGGAAAUUUUUCUUAUUGCGGCUGGAACAGGCUUCACACCAAUGAUCCGACUAAUUCGACGAACAGUGUUGGAGAAUUCAUCUGCUGAAAAAUCUGUCAAACUCUUGUUCGCAAAUCGUCAGGAAAAAGACAUCUUAUGGAAGCAGCAGAUAGACGAACUAGCAGAUAAUGCCAGCCCCAGAUUUCAAGUGUUUUACACUGUAACCCAGUCCACCCCCGAGUGGGAAGGUUACGAGGGUCGUGUUUCCAUGGAGAUGUUGUUAGAGAUCUUACCCCCUCCCCCCAGUGCAGGCACUGAACGGGAGCUAUUUAUAGGGGUAUGUGGCCCAGACGCUUUCACACAUCAUAUUGUCAGCAUGUUGAAAGAUCUCAGUUACACUGGAAAGAUGAUUCACGCAUUCCUGGCAUAAUAUUAUACUUUGUAUACGUGGACACAGAAUUUAAUUCGUUUACACCGUGCAAUACUUCACAGUUCUAAUCCGUUCGCUAUUCAAGUCUAAUUGAAUGUAAUACUCAUUGAGGUUUGGAUUACACUGACGUGAAAAUGCUCCGCUACUACUGUUCCACGUGGUAUACUUAUUAGAUUGCCAAAUAUAAUUGACACUGAUUAUCUACGAGCUCUCAUAAUGUUUUCUGCGAAGAGUUACCGGAAACGUUUGAGUCAGUGGGAAUCAUCGAGCCCUAAUUGCAUGAAUUUGGGACAAACAAAUUCACUCAACAAUGGCCCGGUGCAGGAGCCAACGGCAAGCGAAAAAGCUGCAAUCCCGUCGUCCCUUGUGGGCGUUGCGUGCUACUUUCGCAUCCUAAUUUCUCUCCGCGCUUCUAGAGCGGGGAAGUGAGUUACGCAAUG